AUGGGCACUUCAGUCACUCCUAUGCCACAUAGAGCACCACCAUGUGUGGCUUUUACUGCUCUCCAAGAUGAUCCCUCGGAGGACUGGUUGUCUCCACCUGGAAAUACAACAUGGGGAGAACGUACUACAUAUGGAGAUCAGUGCGGUGGCUUCCUCUCAAAUCCAUCUGGGUCGCUUUCUAGCCCAUAUUACCCUGGAAACGGUCUCAUCACACAGUGUGUCUGGCAAAUACAAAUAGAAUACAAUCGCAUAGUACUAGUCUUCUCUUAUGUCAGUUUGAACUGCUUUCAGGAAUUUAUUGAAAUCUAUGAUGGACCCCUGUAUGCAGCCCCCUUACUUGGGAAAAUCUGUAAAGGGGCAAAUCUCAGCUAUGUAUCUUCUUCAAACACACUGACAGUUCUAUUACGCAGAGACUCCUAUAACUCAGAAUAUGGGUUUUCUGCUUAUUAUAACUCUAUGUUCCCAGUCUCUGAUCAACCAACUACAGUAGGAGGUCUGAUCUGGCAAUCUAGUAGCUGCCCAGCUUACUACCAUGCAAGAGUCUCAUUUGGUCCUUUUGCUCCUUCAGUAGCUGGCACUGAAAAUGCUGCAGAGGCAGCCUACCUCUCUCUGGAUCCUAUCGAACGAAUCUAUGAUGGUCCUCUAAAUACAUCUCCUCUUCUUGGGAGGAUUUGUGAUGGUUCAAAUUACACAUUUACAUCAUCUUCAAAUACAAUGACUGUUCUGUUUUCAAGUGAUUUUAGUUAUACAAGAAGUGGAUUCAGUGCUUACUAUGAUUCAUUUCCCGAAAAGAACAAUGAUACAGCACUGUCGUGUUCUGGACAAUAUAUGCAUGCAGUCAUUAACAGAAGCUAUCUGCAGUCAUUGGGCUACAAUGCUUGGGAUGUUUAUCUGAAUGACUCCUCCUGUGGGCCACAAGAGAUCACGGAAACCUAUGUUAUAUUCAACAUACCUUUUAAUGGAUGUGGUACAAUAAGACAGGUGAAAAAUAACACUAUUAUGUAUUCCAAUGUAAUCAGAACAUCUCCUUCUGGUUAUAGUAUCACAAGGAAAAGCAACUUUCAGUUUCAUGUUACCUGCACAAUAAACCAGGACACAAUGGUAGAAAUAAUGUAUGUUGCCAAAGGUGAUAUAGACAUAAGUGAAGCCCAGCAUGGCAGAUAUGAAGUGAAUAUUUCUUUUUAUGAAUCAUCAAAUUUCUCAAAUCCAGUUUACAAUUCUCCAUACUAUGUUGACCUAAACCAGGAUUUAUUCCUUCAAGCCACUCUCUACAGUUCCGAUUCAAACCUGGUGAUGUUUACCGAUACAUGCAUGGCAUCUCCAUAUUCUGAUGACUUCACAAACCUGACUUAUGUUUUAAUCAGGAAUGGAUGUGUAAGAGAUUCCACCUACAGCUCAUACUAUUCACCAGUGGGAUACAUUGUUCGUUUCAAAUUCAAUGCCUUCAAGUUUCUCAACAGACAUGCUGCCAUUUACUUGCAGUGCAAGAUAGUUGUAUGCAGGGCAUAUGAUUAUUCUUCUCGAUGCUAUCAGGGAUGUUUAGCGAGGCGCAAGAGGGAUACAAGUCCUUACCAGGAAAAACUAGAUGUUGUUGUGGGGCCAGUCCAGAGUAAAAAAGAAACCAAUGAGGACAGAAAAUCUGGUAAUUUAUUUUUAUGGCCUUUUCUCUUGCUGUAG